CCCUCGUAUAUGCGUCGUCUAGCGGGGCGUUGCUGCGACACACGUCUGUGGUUCGCAGAUCCGUUGGGGCUGUUGGUGCGGCCGCGCAAAAGCUGUUUCAAAGGCAGAGUAGAGCGUAUUGUCCGGCAUGAGAGAGCUGUAGCUGUGUAGAGUCCCCUUCUGCCCUUGGCCCUUCACUCACCGCUCAGAAGAUCACCGCUCCCCGGCAUGAACUUGCACUCUAUCCACUACUCAUUACUCAUUAGUACAGACACGGAAUAAUUUAGUUGUUGUGGAUCAAAGUGUAGUGGUUUAAUUGCUGAAUUGUUUAUAAGAAGUGCCGUCACGGUUUAUCCAAGGAAACAAGUUAAUUAAGAGACGUUCAGAAAUAUGCUUCCGUCAUCAGUCCCACACGAAUAAUGAACAUUUUUUGGCUGCAGAGGAAGAAAUGCAUCAACUGUGUACUAUGCAUCAGCCUGCUCGCAUUGAUCUUCGUUCUCAUCCAGAACUACUUCAUUCCUACCAAAGUCUACCACUACCUCUAUCCCAGAGAGAGCAUAUACUGCUACCGAGAAUGUUCCAACACUCUGCCAGACAUAUCAGAAGAAACCCCUCAAAAGGGGAAGUCGAUCUUCUUUCACGAGACCUCCUGCAAUUCGUUCUUCAAUGGGAAGAUAACCAUUACAGCUCGCGAGGCAUGUGCAGUGGAAAGUGCUGCAAAAAUGAACCCUGGAAUGGGUGUUCACCUCCUCUUCACCUCUCCUGGAAGACUGAGAUUCGAAGGAGAUGAGUCUGAUGAUAUCUUGAAGGCUUUAUUAAGCUAUGAGAAUGUCAAGUUGCUGCAUGUGAACUUCGAGGAGUACACCAGAGGGACUCCUGUGGAAGAGUUGUACAAGGCUGGCUUGCUGGAUGACUCGGGGUAUGCCCAGUCUCAUGCUAGUGAUGUUUUAAGGUACCUAAGUCUGUGGAAAUACGGUGGUAUUUACCUUGAUUUGGACGUCGUAGUGAUAAAAUCCUUAGAAGAACUUUCUCAUAACUACGCUGGCUGUGAAUCUGAUAGAAAUGUCGCGGCUGGUGUAAUGAGUUUCUCUCCCGACGGUUUGGGACAUCAUCUAGCCAAUACGUGCCUUGAAGAUCUCAGAGAUAACUUUGACGGGCGGGACUGGGGCAAUAAUGGCCCAGGAGUUAUCACCAGGUUAUUGCGUCGCAUUUGUGGCACACAACAAGCCAAAGAUAUGAGUACCAAAGACUGUCAAGGGUUUCAAGUUUACCCACCAGAUCGCUUUUAUGCUGUACCUUGGACAAAAUGGCGGAUGUACUUCGACGAAAACGCUACUAGGUCCGUUUUCAACAUGUCGAAGAACAGCUACGUCGUGCAUGUAUGGAACAAGCAUAGUAAAGUUGAGAAGUUGCCCCUUGACUCUGAGGCUGCUUAUAUGGUAUAUGCCAAGAAGUUCUGCCCUAGAGUUGUGGCUCAAUGCCGCGAAGGAUUUUAAGGAAAUGCUUUAAAAGUUUUCGUCAAAAGUUGCGCUAUUGUGAUAUAAACUUCACUUUAAUUUUAUCUGACAUACACACAUAUGCUUAUUACUAAAUCACACGGUCACCAAUAGAUUACACCAAAAGUAGAUAAAGACGUGACUACCAUUGCUGUGAUGUGAAACUUUGUGACCAGUUAAAGUGAAAAUAUACUAAGUGACAUAUAAAUCCGAACACCCAGUUUAAAUGGUUUUAUUUUAAUAAAAUUUUGUAUAAGUACUUAAUGAAGCAUAAUAAGUAAAUGAUAAAAAUUUCAAAAUGAUUGCACUGCUUUAAAGCCCUUUGACCUUUAAUAAUGUGUGGAUGCACCCUGAUGUGCUACGCAUUCUCCAACGCGCCUAGGCAUGCUUCUGAUCAGGUGGUCAAUGUCCUCCUGUGGUAUCUCAUUCCAGGCAACCACCAACUCCUCUCGAAGUGCUUCUAGAGUCUGAGGAGGGCGUUGCAAAUUGAGCAAUCUCCUACCCAUCAUAUUCCACACGUGCUCAAUUGGGGAUAAGUCGGGAGAUCUUGGUGGCCAUGGUAACAAUGUGACAUCAUUAUGUUGAAAGAAGUCUAUUGUGACUAUUGCAACAUGUGGUCGGGCAUUAUCUUGUUGGAAAGUUGGAUCUGCCAGGGUGUCAAGAUAGGGUAAAAGAUGGGGUUCUAGAACUUCGUGGAUAUAACGCUGCGCGUUCAUGUUACCUCUGAUGAAGAUUAAAGGUGACCUGCAACCAUAAGCUAUAGCACCCCAAACCAUAACUCCAACAGUGUGAUGAACAUGUCUUUUAACAAAAAACUGUGGAUUCCUCCUUUCACCACGUCGCCUUCUAACCCUGGCACGACCAUCGAGCAUGCCUAAACAAAAUCGAGACUUGUCACUAAAGACAAUACUGUUCCAUUCCUGAUCCCAGAGUGACCUUUGUCUGCACCACUCAAGGCGAUUACGUCGGUGUUCUCGAGUUAAAGGGAGGACCCAGUGUGGCCGGUAUGAAAACAAGCCAAAACUUCUCAUUCGUCGGUAAACACUUCGCAUGCCAAUAGGUCUUCCAUGUUCUGCAAACCAUUCAUUUGCAAUAGACCUGGUAGUGGAGAAACGGUCCCUUAAGGCCAAUAAUCUUAGGCGGCGAUCUUCACGGUCUGUUGUUCUACGGCGGCGUCCAGUGCCCCUUGCUCUUUGCGUACGGCCUUCUCGAAGCCAUGCCUGACAACACCUAACCACAGUGUCUACACUUCUUUUUUUCACUUGCUAUUUACAGUAAGAUAAAUACAUUCACCAACUUUUAUUAAAAUAAAACCAUUUAAACUGGGUGUUCGGAUUUAUAUGUCACUUAGUAUAUUAUGUAAAUCACCAAAAACGUUCGUUUCUUGUCAUACUACACACAACAGAAAUUAAAGGCAACACUUUUUUGUUCUGUUGCUAGAAAAAAUAUUGUUAUGAUUGAUUUUCAGUCAAAGAUGUUAUGAUGCUGUUAUACCAAAAAUACUUGUAAAUGAUCUGAUAAUUUAUAGUAUUAAUAUUAAGUCUCUAACGGUAAGUGAUGAUCAAAGGUAUUGAAUCCUGAUGUGAUAAGAAUUGUAUAGUAUUUCUACACAAUAAAACUUAGAAAUGUA